UAUAAAUUCACAAGUUAUACUCCUUGCAUUGAGAGAAAAGAGCGCGAAAUCCCAACAUAUUGAAGAUCAGCUCCACCAUACACAAAAGAAUUAUGUUAAUGUUGCCUUGGAAGUUGGAACCAUCUCCAAUUCAUCUUCGUAUGUGGGUUGUGCCAAUGAUAUAGUCAGAAGUCAACAGCCCAAAUCGAACUUGCUACAGAAAAAAGAAUAUCUGAAUCACAUCUUAGUAGUUAUGUAGAAAAAUAUCUCGUUCUAAUGGCCAGAAUCUUCCGUCAGAGUAGUUGGAAGCAAGCCAUAGAAUUAGAAAGCAACAGAACAAGAACCAAGGAUAUGCUUCUCAGCAACUGCGCGCCUCCGGUUCUUACCAUGAUUCGGUAUACUUCUCCAUCUAAAAUCAAAUCGAUGGCUACAGACAGGACCACAGCAACUUCUCCGCAGAGAAGGCCCAUGUCGGCCUUCGAAGCUCGAGUCUCUCUCGUCCUUGCCCUCGCUUCUCAGGCUUCUUAUCAGUCUCAAAGACGUAAAUUUUUAUUCGAUUUGGCUAAUGAAACUACGAAAUACUUGUUUCCAAAGAGAAGUGGGAGCCGGGAUUUGGAGGAAGCUUUGAUGGCAGUUCCAGACCUUGAAACGUUGAAGUACAAGGUAUCGAGCAGGAAAGAAGGGUACGAGAUUAGAGAACUUGAGCCUUAUUAUGUUGCCGAGACGACGAUGUCAGGGGAGACUGGAUUUGAUUUCUAUGGUGCCUCUCGGUCUUUCAAUGUUUUAGCAGAGUACUUGUUUGGGAAGAACACGAUGAAGGAGAAAAUGGAAAUGACUACGCCUGUAAUUACUCGCAAGACCGAGCCUGUGAUGACCAAAGAGGGGAAGUGGCGAAUGUCCUUUGUCAUGCCAUCCAAGUACGGCGCUAAUCUGCCGUUGCCCAAGGAUCCAACUGUGAGGGUUGAAGAGGUUCCGGGGAGAGUUGUUGCCGUCGUUGCUUUCUCAGGUUUUGUUACCGAUGAAGAAGUUAAACAACGGGAAUUGAAGUUACGUAAUGCUUUGAAAAGGGACCCGGAAUUUAGAGUAAAAGACAGUGCUUCGGUGGAAGUUGCUCAGUACAAUCCACCUUUUACUCUUCCGUUCACACGCCGCAACGAGAUUGCGCUGGAAGUGGAAAGGAAGGAACAAUAGCUGCUUCACGGUGACUCAUGAUGCAUACAAAUAUAUAUAUAUAUAUAUAUAUAUAUAUAUAUAUAUAUAUAUAUAUGAAAGGUGGGGAAGAAUUAAGGUCAUGCAUGUCGGUGUUCAAUUGGCAACCGUGAAAAUGAAGGAGAAGAGAGAAUCACCUAUAUCACAUAUAUAUAGAAAAACACUAGAUAUUGUUGUUAAAAUCAUAUAAUUUUAUAAGUAAAUAUAUAUUUAAAGUAUAAAUUCGGAUUAAAAACUUGUAAAGCAAUAAAAUCAAACUUUACUCGUGUAAACUCAAUCAAAAUUUAUUUUUGUCUAUUUUAUAUA